GUUUUGACAUUUAUUUAAAUCCGUUUUUGUUUUCUUUUCAACAAACUUUAAAUUCAGUUUUGUGCAAAUUGUGCUUGAUUAUGCCGAACGAAGACCGUGAGCUAUUUCAUAAUUUCGUCACAAAACUUCAAACAGAAAAUGACAUAAAACCAAUUUUAAAUGAUAUUAAAAACAUGUUUAGUUUUAAACCACCUUCUAAUGCUAAGAACACCCUGACCUGCCUUGGUGUGUCGAAUAUAAUUCGGUGCCUAGAUGUUCAAGAUAAGGCUAACGUAGAUUUAACUUGCGAAGUCCUAAAAAUAUGUUUCGACAAAUUUGGUGCAGGAGAUGUAAUAAAACAUUUCACUGGCCAUAUUAUGUACUUACUUCGCCACGAUAAAGACUGCGUCAGGAGACUAGCUGUUGAUGAGGUGUUCAAGUCAGUAAAAACUGAUCAAUCAUCAUUUCCAGUUGCUCAACACAUAGAUGUGUUUGUAGCUGUGGCACAACUGAUUUGUGAUAAAGAUGUAGGUGUUGCCACCAAAGCAGUAACUAUUACAUCAGAUUUGCCACCUGAAGUAUACCCUAAAAUAUUAGAAGAAAUGAAAAUUGCUUUGGAUGAAAACAGUAGCUCUAAAUGUCAUGCUUAUGAGGUUGUCUGCAAUAUAGCCAUGAAAUCACCAGAGUUAUUUACCUUAUGUGUUGAACAUGGAUAUAUUGAUCACAUGAUAUCAGAACUCAGCACAGAUGAUAUUUUAUAUCAGCUCAAUAUUCUUGAAUUGUUGUCUAGGUUUGCUGUCAAACCUUAUGGUAUUCAUUAUUUAGUUAAAGAAGGUGGUUUGGAUAAAACUGCCUCAUUAAUUGGAGAUGUUCAAAGGAAUCCUCUUAGUGGGCUUAUGUUACCAGGCUAUUUGAAGUUCUUUGGAAGUAUUGCGCAUCAUUAUCCAAGAGAAAUAUUUGCCAAGUAUCCAGUAUUUUUGAAUAGUUUAUUUGAGGCAAUUGACUCCAGUGACCAGUCAGUGGUAUUGCCAGUGGCUUUGGAUACAUUAGGUUUCAUUGGCACUACCAUUGAAGGAAAAUUAUGCCUGGCUGCAGUUGGGGGUCAGUUUAUUCAAGCAGUAGAUAAAGUUGGAGAUUUGAUAAAAAAUAAUGUUACUGAAAUAAAAAUUAGAGCAUUAAAUUGUUUAGCCAGUUUAAUUAAUGUGGAAAGGGAUAAAGCAAAAUCUAAUCCUAUUGACCAUAGAGUAACAUUAAUGACGAGGGAAUGGUUUAGAAGUCUUAAUAAACCUAAUGGAUCGAUGGAGUUUCUGUUUGAGAUGGUCAAAAAUCCUUUUCCCGAUAUCAAAUUAGCUGCAUUUAUUCUGCUUGAUGCGGUCUGUCAACAUAUGUGGGGUGAACAGGAAGUCGCAAGAGUUGCAGGUUUUGUAGAGUACCUUCUAGAUAGGUCUGUAAGUGAUACAAAGGAGACAAAAGAAGCAAGAUACGACAUAAUUAAAAGAUUGGCACGAUCAUCUGCAUUUGAAUCCAAUAUUCUGACAAGAUUACAAAAAUAUGUUGAGGAUGGUCCGUUUUAUAUGGAAACUAAUUUACAAGUCGCAAUGGAGGAAGGGGACUGAUUUCUAUAUUGUACUUUGUUUAACAUGGCUUAUGUUUUAAUUGAAAUAAAUUACAGAAUGUAAUAAUAAUUAAAUUAUUUUAAAACAUUGGAA